AUGGUGCACCUUUUUGAAUGGAAAUGGAGUGACAUUGCUGAUGAAUGCGAAAGGUUUCUUGGGCCGAAGGGUUACGGAGGUGUCCAGGUCUCACCCCCGAAUGAAAAUAUCAUAAUUGAUACCAGACCUUGGUGGGAGCGCUACCAGCCAGUUUCUUACAAAUUGGUAACCAGAUCUGGUGACGAGGAUGCAUUCAGGGACAUGGUGACACGAUGCAACAACGUGGGCGUCAGGAUCUACGUCGACGCCAUCAUUAACCACAUGUCAUCAACGGCAGACGAUGGGACAUAUGGCACUGCUGGCUCUCAGGCUUUCUAUUCGGAGAGGUCAUGGCCUGGGGUUCCCUACACUUCGGUCGACUUCAAUUCGGCCUGUGAAAUCACGAGCUAUCAAGAUGCCGCUAACGUCCGGAACUGUGAAUUGGUUGGUCUUGCGGAUCUCAAUCAAGCAACGGAAUGGGUCCGCGAAAAGAUUGUGGAGUACAUGAAUAACCUGAUAGAAAUUGGUGUAGCUGGCUUCCGUAUUGAUGCAGCUAAGCAUAUGUGGCCAGAGGAUUUGGAAGUCAUUUACAACAGUCUGGAUGAUCUGAAUACAGAUCAAGGCUUCGACGCAGAUAGUCGACCAUUUAUCUUCCAGGAGGUUAUCGAUUACGGCGGUGAAGCAAUUUCGGCAUCGGAGUAUGUGGACCUUGGCAAAGUUACCGAAUUUAAGUACGGUUCAGAGUUGAGUAAUUGCUUCAAAGGAAACAACGAUCUCAGAUGGUUAACCAAUUGGGGUGAAGACUGGGGUCUCAUAUCCUCCGAUGAUGCUUUCGUGUUCAUCGACAAUCACGAUACCCAGCGUUCUGACGAUGUGCUCACAUACAAGAGCUCAAAGGCGUAUAAGAUGGCGGUCGCCUUCAUGCUGGCUCAUCCUUUCGGCACCCCCCGAAUUAUGAGCUCCUUUUCAUUUGACGACAGUGACGACGGUCCACCCGCCGACUCCGACGGCAACAUCGUUUCACCCAUCAUUAAUUCCGAUGACACAUGUGGAAACGGAUGGGUCUGCGAGCAUCGUUGGCGCCAGAUCUACAACAUGGUUGCAUUCCGAAAUGCUGUAAAUGGAACCAGUGUCAAUGACUGGUGGGACAACAGCAGCAACCAAAUUUCCUUCUGCCGUGGUGGCGCCGGAUUCAUUGCAUUUAAUUUGGACUCCUGGGACCUCCAACAGACCCUCCAGACUUGCCUUUCCGCUGGUACCUACUGUGACGUCAUAUCCGGCAGCUUGGUGGACGGUAGCUGUACAGGAAAGUCCGUAACCGUAGGCAGCGACGGUACCGCUUACAUCGAGAUAUUGACUACCGAGGAGGAUGGUGUACUUGCUAUUCAUCAGAACGCAAAGCUGUAA